AUGACGUCAUCGUAUACACUAGAAGGGAUCCCCACCCUCAGCUACCACCCCACCGAGGACCUGCAACCAGCCCCACCACCGAAACGACAUUAUGAGAAUUGUACCUAUAUCGACUGGCCGCUGGAAAAUCAGCUCCAGCCGCUGCAGGAGGACUACAACUUUCGUAAAUGGGCGGUGGUGAUUGGCGCGGCGGUGCUUGUCGGGUACAUGGCGUCGUUCAUCAAUCUCCUCGCCACGUUCUUCAACGAUUUCAAGAAGGGGUUGUGUCUCCGCAAACUCGACCUGUGGUCGCUCAGCAACCCCUACCUGACGUGUCCCGCCGACCUGUGGAAGCUGUGGUCGCAGAUCCUCUUUGGCAUCUCCAAUUGGUUCCUGGCGGUGUUCAUCAAUUUACCUCUUUACCUCAUCAUGCUGGUGGUGAUGGCGGGGUGUGCCACCUAUAUCUCGCAGAAGGCGCCCUGGAUCCGUCAGUCAGGUAUCCCCGAGAUUAAGCUCAUCGUGCUGGGCCUCAAUUAUAACGUCAGCCAGUACUUGGGGCUCCAGACUUUACUUUAUAAAGUGGCGGGGCUUGUGCUUGUGGUGCUGCUGGGUCUUUGGCUCGGUAAAGAGGGUCCGCUAGUGCACGUGCUGUGCUGUAUCUUUAAUAUUCUCCUUGAGAUCGGUGUUGGUGCUGAUUGUCAUGAAGCGUUAAGACGAGAGAUUCUUCUGGCAGCUACAGCUACAGGGAUUGCCGUAGCGUUUAAUGCUCCCAUUGGCGGUGUCCUCUUUGUUCUCGAAAGCAUGCCAUCAUAUUUUAUCCCCACCAAGAACAUGUGGAAUCUGUUUGUCACCGCCACCGUUGCGGUGGUGUCGUACUCGGGGCUUACUGCGUUCGCUCUGGGAAAGAAUUUCGAUGAAAAGGAUUUAUUCAGUGUUGAGUUUGGGAACGUCAACUGGAUCAUGCUUGAAUUCAUCCCUUUCGUUCUCCUCGGAUGCGCUGGUGGGGUCUACGGGUCAUUCUUCAUCGACUUAAACAUUAAACUUGGCCGCCCUCGCUUCCGCAAUGGUAUCAGACAGGCGUUGGUCAAGCUUACUAACGUCUCCGACCACUACGGCACCGUGUUGGAGAUGGUGGCGCUUGUGGUGGUGACCGCGUUGUUGCUGUUCCCGUUUGAUAUGACUAAGCUCUCGCUUAACGCAUACUUGAUCGCAUUAUUCACUGAUUGCCCCACUGAGAUCCUGGCGGACUCUAAGAACUUUAUUUGCGGCACUAAUGACGCAGCCACGGCGUUGAAACUCAUGUACUUUGCCGCCAUUGGUUUCUUCCUCGCUGCAUAUACGUUUGGCUCCGAUUUGCCCGGUGGGGUUCUCAUGCCGUCACUUGUAAUUGGUGCCUCUACUGGUCGCUGGCUUGGCAUCGUAGCGCAAGCGUUUCAAAGAUGGUUAAACCUCGACGCCGUGUGCACCGAGACCUCCUGUCUCGUGCUGCCGUCAUCAUACGCCGUGAUCGGCGCUGCUGCAUUCAUGACGGGUAUCACCAAGUACACGAUGUGUGUGGUGGUGAUCAUGUUUGAACUUUCAGGGGCAGUCAGCUACGUGCUUCCGAUUAUGGUGGCAGUGAUGGCGCUGAAGUUUUCCAACGACUGGAUGUGUAAAGAGAACAUUUACGAUACGUGGAUCCGUGAAGUGUUCAACCGUGAAUCACAUAUUCCUCCUGAACACGUCAACGAUGGUCGCGGUAGUGGCGUCGUCAAUUUCACUACAUUAACCACUACUAUCAAAUCAAAGCUUCCUGAUCUCGCGGUGCUGGCGGUGAUGGUCCCCGUCGAACGCGUGGAGUGUGUGUUUUUGGUACCGGACACUCCCUAUACUGUGGAAAGCUUACAGAGCCGAGUUGACCUGACCAUCCACGAAGGGUUCCCCGUAGUGCUACUGCGAGAAAACCCACUCAGUCUCGGCUACGUCACCCGGCUGCUGUUAUCUCAGCAGCUCCGGAUGAUGGAAGACUCUCCAUUGACCACCAUCGUCCUUCAAGUUCCUCAGCUUCCACGCGCCGCCGUUGGGGCUACCCUCCACUUUGAGAAGGGGCUUGGCGAUUUCUCCGUGAUUAAACUUACGGUGGAACAGCCGACGUUCGUCGUCAAUGACCUCUCGCCCUUAGUACUUGUCAUUGAUGCCUUUGAAAAGAUGUCGCUUAACUACGUGGUGGUGACGGACAGCACCUACCAUGGUUCCGACGACCGCAUGGUCGGGUUUGUCGACCGGUUCGUGUUGCUGGAUUUAAUCCGCACCGACUUUGCCGGGCUCCACGGCGAGCUGAGGCCGUAUAUCAGUAGCGACUACCGGUCACAGCGACGCAGUAUCGAGUUGCUUACUUAG